CACACACACACACACACACACACACACACACACACACACACACACACACACACUGCCCCCUCAUCAGCACACCCACAAUAGAAACGGCACUCUGCUCCAGUGAGUUUACCCUCCCAGUCGUACACCUGAGGGGAGCCGUCUCUGGACUGAAGGUUUGUACUGUGUUUUUCUGACUCCACUUCCAUUUUGGUCCAUCAGGAGUUUAUCCACAGAGCUUUAAGGAUGCCAAGUGACUACAUUCCCAUUCUAGAGAUCUUCCUGGGCAUUAUGGGCUUCGGCCUCUCCAUCAUGUUCUGCACGACCUUCUGCAGGGCGUGCUUUCGCUUUAGAGAGGACCAGAUAGAGAGGGAGGUGUGGCGACGCACUGACCAGGAGGCGCGCCCUCCUCCCAUAUUUUUCAUCCCCUUCCAAGGAAGUUUGUCACGCCAGGACAGCGAAGACCACCCCAGGAGGCCUCGAUACAGCCAGGAGCUCCCCACACCACCACAAUAUAGCAAUGAUGUCUACUGUGGGCCACCACCUUCCUAUAAUGAGCUGGAAUUGAAGCCUGAGGAUCUUCCCCCUGCGUACACAGAGUAUAAUGUUCCUGUGUAUCCUCCACCUCACACAGACAUGGUUCAUCCACACACACAGUCACAACAAUAAGCCAGGACCAUCACACUGCCUGUGUGGAAGUUAUGGACACACUUGAUUAUUGAACUGCCUCAUGGGCUUGAGUGAACUGGCACUGUUGUUUAUAAUGUUUCAAAGAUUAUUUUUAUUUUAUUAUCAAGCUUGUUUAUUUUAUUGUGGUAAUGAAUGUGAUGAUCUUACCUUACAUGUCAUUUAGCUGACGCUUUUAUCCAAAGCGACUUACAGUUGCUAUAUAUGUCAGAGGUUGCACACCUCUGGAGCAACUAGGGGUUAAGUGUCUUGCUCAGGGAGCAACUGGUUGGGAAUUGCGGGAAUUGAACCCAGAUUCCCCACACCAAAGGCAUGUGUCACAUCCACUGCGCCAUCACCGCCCGACACUGUGCUGAUGAUGGCACAGAGGGGAUAAAAGUUGCAGAAAUGGCACCAGGUUUAAAGCUACAACACCGUGAGUAUACAGCACAUUCUCUGAGCCACUAAAACACUUAGAAAUAAAAUUGUAUUUUAUUUGACUCUGUAUGAUGAUUGAUAAAAUGAGAUAUAUGCACAUAAUUUUCCUACCUGAUAUUAUCUCCAACAAAGAGGUUUUUCUUUUGGUUUAUUUGCAUGUCUGUCUGAUGUCUCAUUAGUAAAAUCACGUUAAAGAUAUUAAUGAAAUUAAUGUGAAUUCAAAUGUGAAGGUGAAUCCAAUGGUGCCACUAUGUGGCCAUUUAUAAAGCACUUUGUCAUGGCUCAUGCCUCCUGAAUCAUGAGUGGGUGCAGAAUUUCCAUUAAAAAUUUUCUCACCACUUUU